AGUGAUUCCGUCUCCAUCGAGCAGCGAUGAGCUUGUCAAGCCUGUACUGAAUUACCUUUACCUCGGAAAGCUGGAUUUUUCGCGAUCUAGGAGGUGGCCCCUGGCGAUGAGUUAAAACUCAAUCUGACCGAAAUUGAACAUCGGAUGGUCGUCGGCAGAGUUGCGGCCGUUCUCUACCAUUUGCGUUUGCAACUGCAAGUACUAAAACUCAAGUAAAAUGUACCGAUGCAGCAGCCGUCUUCACUUGUUCGCAGAAAUGUAGGAAUGGCACAAUUUCAUCGAUUGCCUAAAGCUGUCCAACCCGUCAACUAUGACAUUUCUAUAGUGCCGAAUUUAGAAACUUUUGUUUACACUGGUAAAGAAAAGAUUACAGUAAAUGUGUUUAAAUCAACUAAGAGUAUUAAAUUGAAUUCUAUUGAUUUACUAAUAAGAAAUGUUACAUUCAACAGUGGAAAUAAAUACGAAAUUUUAUCAUCUGAUAAUAUUGUAUACAAUAAUUCAGAUGAAACGGUAACUAUUAAUUUUGAAAAAGAUUUACCUGUAGGAAAUGGUGGGAUUCUUGAAUUUGAUUUUGAUGGAAUAAUAAAUGAAAAGUUGAAUGGAUUUUAUCGCAGCAAAUAUGUCAGUAAUGGAGUUACAAAAUUUGCGGCAGUUACUCAAUUUGCCCCUACAGAUGCAAGACGAUGCUUUCCGUGUUGGGAUGAACCAGCAAUUAAAGCUACAUUUGAUAUUACUCUAACUGUUUCUAAGGGCUUACAAGCUAUUUCUAAUAUGGCAAUAAAAUCCAUCAAAGAUGAUUUGAACAUGAUCACUAUUACUUUCGAAAGAACACCUAUUAUGUCAACAUAUUUAGUUGCAUUUAUGGUUUGCAAUUAUAGUUUUUUGAAGAAACAAUUAAAUGAUAAAAUUAUACGCCUUUAUGCCCCUAAAGAUAGAAUCAAAGAUGGUGAAUUUAGUUUAGAUGUUGCAUCAAAAGCAUUAUCAUUUUACGAAUCUUACUUCAACGUUUCAUAUCCACUUUCAAAAUUAGAUAUGAUUACAGUGGCAGAUGUCAGUUUUGGAGCGAUGGAAAAUUGGGGACUGAUCACAUACAGAGAAGCUGUUCUUCUUGUUGAUUCUGAAAAUAGUUCAAUAGUCAAUAAACAAAAGGUUGCUUUAACAGUUGCUCACGAAUUAGCUCAUCAAUGGUUUGGAAACCUUGUAACUAUGGAGUGGUGGACUGAUUUAUGGCUGAAUGAAGGAUAUGCUUCAUUUAUGCAGUACUUAAGCAUUGAUCAUCUCUAUCCAGAAUACAACAUUUGGAUACAAUUUCUAAUGUCAACUUUUAUAAAAGCUUUGGAACUAGAUGCUCUUGCAAAUACUCAUCCUAUUGAAGUGCCUGUUGAAAACCCUUCAGAAAUAACAGAAAUUUUUGAUCAAAUUUCAUACAGUAAAGGAGCAAGUAUAAUACGAAUGAUUCAUAAUUAUAUUGGAGCUGAUGAUUUCCAAAAAGGAAUGACUUUGUAUCUUAAUAGGCAUGCAUACUCAAAUGUUCAAACAGAAGAUUUAUGGAAUGAUUUAGAGGAAACCAGUAGUAAACCAAUCAACAAAAUUAUGUCAACAUGGACAAAGCUGCCAGGUUUUCCACUUGUCUCAGUAACUGAAAACGAUACAAAUGAUGAUUCCAAGAAUCGAAUUUUCAUUUUUUCUCAAGAAAGGUUUUACAUCAAUGGUUCUGUAGAUAAUACUAAUACUAUUUGGAUGAUUCCAAUUACUUUGAGUACUGCCCCAAAUCCUGAGAAAGUAUUUAAAGUAAUAAUUUUAGAUAAAAAAUCCAAAGUUAUAGAAAUAGAAAAUGUUCCCAAAAAUGCAUGGAUCAAAGUUAAUGUUGGCACUGUUGGAUUUUUUAGAACAUUAUAUAGUCGUGAGUUAUUAAAAAAGUUGUUGAUUGCAAUUCGGGAACAAAGUUUACCUGCAUCUGAUCGACUUGGAUUGUUAGAUGAUUUAUUUGUUAUUGUGCAAAGCGGCAGAAAAUCCACUGCAGAAUAUUUGAAACUUCUCAAAGAAUUCGAAAAUGAAAGAGAAUAUAUAGUUUGGUCUAGUAUUUUAAACAAUUUAAGAAAAAUCAAUAAUAUUUUAUCGAACGAAUCGAAUAUUAAUAGUAAGUUUAAGAAAUUUGGAAGAAUCUUCUUAUCACAAAUUCAUUCAAAGCUGGGCUGGACACCAAAACCAACUGAAAAUCAUCUCCAAACAUUGCUAAGAUUAUUAGUUUUAUCUCAGUUGGUAGAGUUCGAAGAUGCAUCUGUUAUAAGUGAGGCACAGCGCCGUUUUCAAAUGCAUGUAGAAAAAGAAAGCAUUUUACCGGCUGAUUUUCGUAGUUUAGUGUACGGAGCAGUAUUAUCAGUUGGAAAUUCUGAAACUUAUGAAAAGAUGUUAUCUCUUUAUAGGGAAACAAGCAUGCAUGAAGAAAAAAAUAGGAUUCUGAGUGCACUUGGUUCAAUAAAAGAUGUAAAUAUUUUACAAAAAAUACUUGAAUUUUCUAUGAGUGAAGAAGUGAGAGCACAAGAUGCUCUUCAAGCAAUCGCAUCAGUGACAAAAAGUCAUCAGGGCAAGCAACUUGCUUGGCAAUAUUUUAAAAACAACUGCCAAACUUUUAUUAAACGUUAUCAAAGUGGUACAUUACUAACAAGGAUAGUAGAAACCAUUACAGAGAGUUUUGUGACAGAAGAAGUUAUAGAAGACAUUCAAGGAUUCUUUAAAAAUAAUCCCGUUUCGGGAACUGAAAGAACAGUACGUCAAAGUAUUGAAAUAAUAAGAUUUAAUGUAGCUUGGUUGAAUAGAGAUAAGGAAGCUAUCAAGGAAUUUUUAAACCUUAACAAAGAUGAUUAGAAGUUAGAUUUAUUAUUAAAAUGAUGUAAUAUUUUUAUAUAUAUACAAAAUAUAUUUUAUACAAAAGGUUAUUUUUAUCAUAAAUUUAUUAUCUGAGAAAUCCAACAAUUUCUCGGUUUGCCCCAAGCUUAUCUUCACUUUUCAAGGCUGAGAGGAUUCCGUUAUUAAGAUCUAUGCCUACACUUGUUCCCAUCUAUAAGAUUAUAAUAAAAUGUUACAAAUAAAUGUAA